GGCUGCGGGAUCUGUGCGCAGCGAUGGCGGGACAGCCCCGGCAGCGCCCGGCCUGGGCUCCGCUGCUCCUGCGGUUGCUGCUGGCGGGGAUCGCUGCCUGCGCUGCCAGCCCCGCGGACGACGGCGCGGGCCCCGGUGGCCGGGGACCCCGGGGGCGCGCGCGAGGGGACGCGGGCGCCGACGAGGCAGUGCCGCGCCACGACUCCUCCUACGGCACCUUCGCGGGCGAGUUCUACGACCUGCGCUACCUGUCGGAGGAGGGCUACCCUUUUCCCACUGCUCCUCCCGUGGACCCAUUUGCCAAAAUCAAAGUGGAAGACUGCGGAAGGACCAAAGGGUGCUUUAGAUACGGCAAGCCGGGCUGUAACGCGGAGACCUGUGACUACUUCCUUAGCUACCGGAUGAUAGGGGCUGACGUGGAGUUUGAGCUGAGCGCAGACACGGACGGCUGGGUCGCCGUCGGAUUCUCUUCUGACAAAAAGAUGGGCGGUGAUGAUGUCAUGGCCUGUGUCCAUGAUGACAAUGGCAGAGUCCGCAUACAGCACUUCUACAACGUGGGACAGUGGGCUAAGGAGGUUCAGAGAAACCCUGCCAGAGACGAAGAAGGAGUUUUUGAGAACAAUCGUGUCACCUGCAGGUUUAAGCGGCCCGUCAACGUCCCCAGAGACGAAACGAUCGUGGACCUGCACUUGAGUUGGUAUUACCUGUUUGCUUGGGGUCCAGCCAUUCAGGGCUCCAUCACCCGGCACGACAUAGACUCCCCACCCGCCUCAGAGCGUGUAGUCAGCAUUUACAAGUACGAAGACAUCUUCAUGCCGUCGGCUGCCUACCAGACCUUCUCCUCUCCGUUUUGUUUGCUUCUCAUUGUCGCCCUGACCUUCUACUUGCUGAUGGGAACCCCUUAGCCACAGCCGAGAGGCCAACAGACCAGAUGGUGUGGAAAGCCUUCCGUAUAUACUUUUCCUAUAAUCGCCUGUAUCGUUCUAGCUUCUAUUGUUCAAAAACAAGUCACAAUUUCACUUUUUUUAGGGGGGGUGGGGGAGAGAGAGAGCGAAAAAAAAAAAACCAACCUUUUCUCCUAGCCAAGCAGGAUUGUCAAGGCAACCCUGCUUAAACAUUUGCAAACGCUUCAAAUGCUUCCUGUUUGAGCUAUACAGUGCCUGUGCGUUCGUUAGCUUGGUAAAACUGGGAGAGUCAUCAUACUGGCUUGGGAUUUGAACCUAGGCAAAGGCAACCUUUUGUUGGCCUGCAUGCCUCACAGUCCCGGCUGACAUGAUCAGAUAACACAUAGCAAGGUAAAGAGAGAGCUAGACACGGAACGCUACCUCAGAACAGUCUUUGUUUUGAGCGGUUCUGCACAAGAGGGCUACUUUGCAUGUUGCCGUGGAGGACUUUACAGGAUGUCACGAGUGUAUCAUCAGCCUCUCCAGAGCAUUUCUGUGGAGCCUAAAUGCUUUUAGAUCACCACACAGUGGAUUGGGAGUAUGGGAGAGAUUAUAGCGCCAAGCGAGUGGUUGUGUUUAUCUAAAGUAUCUUCUCAAUUAGCGAGCAGUUAUGAGGAAACAGUCUUACAUUGCUGUGAGGAAAGAUGAAAAGAUAGAACUGUGAAUAUUCCUGAAGUUGUUAAAUUGCUUUAAUGAUAAAAAAAUAGUUGAAUUCUUAGUAGUUUGAAUUUGCUCUCUUCUGCCUCUGUGUUCUACCAACUAAGGUGUUCAUGGGUGGCUCUGCCAGUGGUGUCUUUCAAGUUAGCAUACAUUAAGUAUAAUACGAUAUGCAUUAUGACAGACAAGUCAUCUUAAGGAAAACACACACCAGCGUUUUUAAAUGCUGUAGACAUCAGGAUCAAAACUGGGGAGGAGGGGCCCUAAGGUGAGUUCACCAAGAGCAUACAUUAAAAAUGUUCAGUUCUGUGUUUCCUUUUUUCAAAAGAGCCAGAUACUCCUUUAGUCCAAAUAGCGCACGCUAGCAGCUUCUAUAGGAGAGUAACUGUGGGCACUUACACUGUGGGCGCAUCCACCCGUAGCAUACCAGAAUUCUCUGAUAUGUCCCCAUCGCUUCCAGGCUGGCUCCAACUUUAUAGUUGAGCAACACCAGACGAUGGUUUCUAAACCCAUCCCCGAGAUUGGUGUCAGAGGUGAAUGUCUGCCUGUGGGGAGAAUGCUCAGACUCUUCUGAAGGGGAACCACAGAGCCACUUUGCGACACUGCCCAUACCCAGUUUCAAACUCAAGGGUCAAGCUGAUGGUUCCACCGGGUGACGACAUCAGCCUCUUCCCUAAGCCCUCCGAUCCCGGCGAAGCUUGGCUCAAGCAUGGCCGGUAUAUACCAGCUUCUCGGCAUUCGCAGUUGGCUUAGGAGCGAGGGUCGGGAGUAUACAGAGACGCCCGUGUUGUAAAUAAGGAGCCCAGUAUUUUUAUACCCUCUGUGUGCACAGUAGUUGAUCUGUAAAUAGCAGAGUCAAUGUAGACUUCAGUUCACCGUAGGAAUGAGUGGUGUUUUCCUUCCACUUAUUGUUCCAAGUCAAGCAACUGUUUCAUCGUCUUUCGACUUUAGUGGCCGGCUCUGUGUAUUUCCGCUUGGAACUUUCAGAGUUUUCCUGGCCCUUACAGUAACAUGCGAGCAGCUCUCCUAGGCUCCAGUGUCUUCUCCAGUGUCGCCGGGACAGGCAGUGGCCCCGAAGGGCCCCGAGUUCCUUCCAGCCUGCUCUCUCGCACCUGUCCAGUCUUCCCUCCUGUGGAUGAUGUGAGCUCGUCUGUGAGGCUCUAACUUAGUUAUCUCUCCCUCCAUCUUCUGGACUGUGUAGUUUUAGGUCCGACUCAGCACUCCUGUAGCCUACUGGGCUUCUUCAUCAUACAUGUCAGAAUUUACUGAAAUUUCUGAUUUCUUCCUUGGUUGCUAACCCCCUCCUUAGCCGUUUCUUUCUACUUGUGACUGAUGCUACUUCUUAGUAAGUAAUCAGCAACCUGAUGGACCGAGUUACAGACCUUUUUUGAGUUUACUUGGGCCAGAGGAAUCUCUUUUAUAUACUUUACCCUGCUAGCCUAUGUUUUUUAUAUGUUUUUUAUCCCACUCAUGAUCAAACCAGGUCUUCCAAAACAUAAACGACAGAACCUUAGUGAAAGUGUGGUUUUUGCCUCUCAGCAGACAUCAGUUGGUGGGCACUUUAAACAAUAAUUGCUGUCCUGAAAUAAGGAUCUACAGGCAAGGGAUGUGUCACCACAGCUGACCGUCAUCUCAGAAAAGAAUCCAUUGAUAGACGUGUUGGAGUUAAAGCCCUAUAGACCUGGGAUUCAUCCAUUCUUACCUCAUCUAAGGAACUUCUACUUUUUUUAAUUUUUAGAAACACUCUUAUUUGCAUAUCCAUCCCCCCAUUCCCUCACUCUCCCAUCCUCCCAUGCUUCCCACCACCCCCCCCAACCCACCCACCACCCACUCCCCAAGGAUAGUGAGACCCUGGAACUUCUACUUGUAUCUCUCUAUUCAUUCUCUCUCUUUCCACAGGGCCUCUCAAUCCUUCUCCAGACUCCUGGCUGUGCUAGCUCAAGCGUGCACCACCAGGUCUGACAAUUCGGUUUUCUUUUCUAAUACAGUGUUUGUCCCGAGGGGAGAAGCCUAUCAGUGCUUUUUGGUAAAAUGCCCAAGUGAAUGGAAUGUGAGUGGCGGAAAAAUGUAUGUAGUGCUGUUUUAAGUGCUCCGUGUGGAUUCACUCAUCUGAAUCCAGAGGGAGCGUCUAUUAGUAGUCCAGCCUUACAGAAGGAAAAACUGAGGUCCACCGUUUGGCAAACUUACCAGUUCUGGCAAGACCUUAGAGAUGCUGGUUCAGCGCGCUUUCAAGAGGGUGGAGGAAGCCCACAGGACUCCCUGCACCUCAUGCAAAAUCUUUAAAACUCCCACAACUAAAAGAACCUGCUAUUCAUAUUAAAAUCUGCUAGGUCAAUCCCAGUACUCAGGAGGCAGAGGCAGGCGGAUCUCUGAGUUCGAGGUCAGUCUAGUCUACAGAGCUAGUUCCAGGACAGCCUCCAGGACAGCCUCCAAAACAAUAGAGAAACCCUGUCUCAAAAAACAAACAAAACAAAACAAAACAAAAAAUCAGGUAGGUGCCUUCCUGUCCCUUAGUACUUCACAGUGACUAUGAGGACUGUCUUAAGCGGUAUUUGAGGACCUGGACACAUUUAUUUUGUACCACUUUUUUUUUCUGCUUAAAACCUUUUGACUAUUUUUAUCAGCUGUUUCGGUACUUUUUUCUUUUUCUUUUCUUCCCUUCUUUCCUUCCCUCCUCCUUCCCUCCCUCCCUCCCUCCCUUCUUUUCUUUCUUUUAUUUUUUGCAGUAGUGAUGGUCAUACCCAAGGCCCUGUAUACAUUAUCGAGGUGUUCCACCACCCACCUACACCCCCAGCUCACGCACGUUUUCAGUACUAUUAAUGUUUUUUAUAACUAAUGUGUCGAUUGGACAUGACUGGAGGAAUGCCUUUGUCUUAGGUAACUUUAAAGCAUGACUUUCUUAAACCAUGGUCUGUCUUACAACACGGAACUCUCCAUUGCUUAAAUUGUCCCACUAUGGUGAAACGUGCAUUCAGACAGAAUCCAGAAGCUUCAUUCAGUUACUUUGGGUUGGUUUUUGUCCUCAAAGAAACCAGAAAGUUGGACAACCGAGGGCUGGCUUUCCAUUGCAAUACACUUACACUAUUUUUACAACCCAAGCUUGCUGUCUGUAUUCAGGAUUCUGUCUUAAGUGAUACUAGCACUGAAGUUGAAUGCCAAGCUUAGCUCUGCCCCAGGAUUUCUUAAAUUUUCCUUGUAAAAGGGCCAGGAUGUAAACAUUUCUAACUCUGUUUUUCUGUCCCAGAUGCUCUACUUUGCCACACACAGUUCAUAAAUGAAAGAGCAUGGCUGUACGUUAAUAAAACAACUGAAAUUUGAACUCUGUAUACUUUGCAGAUGCCACAAUGUUACAUUGAACUUUCAAAAAAGCUUUUAGAAAAUGAAAAACUCAUUCUUAGUUUGCAGGCUGAAUAAAAACAGGAAGUAGACUGGGCUGGGCUUGUAGACUCUGGUUUUCCCACAGUAGCUUUAGUCAUGGGUAUACUAUCUAUCCAGUCGGUUGUAAACCAUAUCGCCAGUAACGUAUUAUUAGCUAGUCGUAAAAAUUAGUGAAUACUUGGUUUAAACGUGAUUCAUAGUUGGUUUGCUGUUGUAAAUGAAUAGCACAGUGGCAUCCUUACACAUGUUUCCUGGAGUUGGCACUCGAGAGGCAACAGUAAGGAACCAAUUUGGGUAAGUCACAACUUUGUGUGGCAGUCAUGAACAUGUUUCACUGUCGAGAUGCUCUUUUGGUGAAUAUUUCUAUGCUUUAGAGUAGUUUAUUUCUGUAUAGGGAAUUUUAAAAUUAUCAUAAGGGCAUGGGGGUGUUUUAUACAAGUGACACAUGACACAUCUAUCUCAUAUAAUGAAACAGUGUGUGAGAAACAGCAUAUAGACCAUGUACUGAGGUGACUGGAGUUGAUCUGUUGUACAUCUUUACUCUCUAAACAGAACCGCUUUCUUGGUUAACAGUUGGUUAUUUCCAGUGUGUUUAUAUGUAUAUAUACUUGGUACAUAUGUGACAGAUGGGGUUUAUUUAUACAUAAACACAGACACAGACACAGACACACACACACACACACACACACACACACACACACACCCUGAGCACUAAAGGUUAUUGUUAGGAUUGGUUCUUUUUCUGACCUCUUAUAUACUUUAACACCCAGAGAUUAAACAUGGUAUGUAUUAUAAGCAUACUUACCCUUGAAUUUUAACAAUUUAGUUUGUAGAAAGGAUUCUUGGAUCUUUUAUUAAGCCUUGCCUCCUCUAUCCAACAUGAUAUGAAUUGUCAAGAACGUAAAAGCAUUGUGGUUUAACUUUUCCAUACCAUUAAGAAGCCAAGACUCAUAUAUAAUUAAGUAACUGGCACGUUACAUGGCAGCCCAGACAUGUUUUCAGUUGCAUACAAUUUCCUUUUCAUGAAAAUAGCCGCUAAGGAAAUUUGAGCCUAGAUGUGCUGGCAAUGGGAACAUGUAUGUAAAUCUCCUAGUCUUUGGGGUGUGUUCUUAAAUGUUUAAGAACACACACCAACGACCGGGUCGUAUUUUCAGUUUUCUCUCAAAUAUUUGCUAUGAGGCGAAUAACCACUCAAUCUGAUUCUUCUGGAAUGUAAUCAUGCUCUAAGGUCGCUGAGUGCUCAGUGGGUGUGGCAUUCACCCAGGUCACUAGACUCUUCCCUGCUUCACCACCUAGAAUGCCCUGACCCCUGCACCCUGAAGAGUGAACACAGCUUCUCCUCACGCCUUAUUUCCACUGACACACUGACACGCUGGAACGUAAUUCUGGCUCCGUUUUUUUGAGACUGUCUACAAAAUACUAUUUUGUUAAAACUAUGCCUUUAAAUAGACACGGACGGGUUAUAUUUGUUUUAUAAAAAGUUGUGUACCUAAUGUUCAACCAUGAUUGAUUUUGAGAUUAUAUAUGUAUAUAUAUAUAAAUGUAUAUUUAUAAGCCUGUCCGAUGUGGAUUUUUUAACUCUAAGAUGUAUCACACAAUACUAAUAAAGAUACGGGUUUCUAUUUAUGUACAGUAACUGUAGCAACACUCCUAACUGCUACCUAAAUGAUUAUUCUGUUCUCUGGUCAUCACAUGUACUUUUAUCUUUAGAGGAUUAAGUUAUACUCGGAAUAUAUUAAUCAGGAUUAAACUUUAGAAACAUAAACUCUCGACAUACUUUGAAGCCCUUCCUGUUGAUGUCAUUAAAUCUAGUUUGUAAUUCCUUA